AUGGCCCCCCCGACCACCAAGAGCAAGAAGUCCACCCAGGACAACAUCAACUCCAAGCUCCAGCUUGUGAUGAAGUCGGGCAAGGUUUCCCUUGGCCUGAAGAGCACCCUUAAGAACAUGCGUUCGGGCAAGGCGAAGCUCGUCCUCAUCUCGGCUAACACUCCUCCCCUGCGCAAGUCGGAGAUCGAGUACUACGCCAUGCUCUCCAAGACCGCUGUGCACCACUACCAGGGCUCGAACAUUGCCCUCGGCACUGCGGCUGGUAAGCUCUUCCGUGUUGGCGUUCUCACCGUGAUCGACGCUGGUGACAGUGACCUGCUCACGUCCGUGUCGGCUUAA